AAAAAAAUUUACAGAAACGGUCACUAGACAGCAUCCCGAUCAUAAAGCCGUAUGCGUUCAAAAAUGAAAUUAAAAAGAGAAAAGAUGGGAAAUUUAUUUUAUUUUAUCAAUAAAAAGAGCAGAAAAUGUUUGUCGUCAUCAGAAGCUUUCCUGGCAGUUCGUGCCUGUUAACCUCUCCCCCACACUCACGAAUCACGAUACCUUUCCUCUGUUUUAGAGAGAGAAAGUGCAUAUAAACAAACACACACAUGCAAAUGGCAGCAUUUAUAAUGUGAUUUCAUAAGCAGAGGAUUCUUUCGCACCACCAUACUCUCUCUGUUUUUCUCUUCCUUUCUUGGUUCUGCAAUGGCGGUCAAUUCUAGUGAAGAGUGUCAAAAUGUACACAGUGUUGUGGUUUUGCCUGAUGGAGGACCCACUAACAUGCAUUAUGAGCCGACCUCAAAUACAACUUCUGUCGAAGUCCCUAGACAGAUGAAAAGCCAGACGUGCUUAAGUUCUGAUAGUUUACUGAAUUUUACCAAAGUGGAUGCCGAUAAGGUGAAUAAUUAUACGCCAUUUGUCCUUGAUGUGGAUAUCGAGAAAGGAAAAGCUGAACUCCCCAAGUCUAAUGAAGACUGUGUUGUCAAUCUGAAGUCUGAUGACUCCUUUGCAAGCAUUGCCUCAAGAGUUUUGCUUCCAGAUAAGAGGAAAGAUUAUGCAGCUCCUGAUGAACCAUUUGACUGAAUUACCCAAGUUCAUUUCACGAGAUAAGUUCGACACACUUACACCUACUAAUAGAUCAAGAAAGUACAGACGAUCAGCCUCGUUCAAUUCAAAAAGAGUGGUUCUCUUGUUCUCAGUCUUGAAACUGAAAACAAAUUAUCUUGUCUUCUUUCAGGUCUAGCAUGGGAACAAUUAUUCUGAUUUAUCUGACCCUGAGAGUGAGGCAAAUCAGCGAUGCAUAUGGUAAUGUUUGAAAUAUUCUUCUGGAUCUCAUUUGUAAUCUUUCAUUGCAAGAAUCUCUUUAGUCCAUGGCUUGCUCCUUCUCUUCUGUUCAGCUGGUGCCAUUUUUUUUUUUUUCCCACUUAAUAGCUUUUGGGUUAUGAAUUGAAGCUUUUUUCAUCAAUGUAAAUAUUGAGAACCUGGAAUGACACUUUGAGAUGUUCUCAUUGUAAUUGUCAACGCAUGUUCUGCUGCCGGAGCAGCGUUUUGGUAAUUACUUUUGUUAGUGUUGGCCAAAGCUAAAGGGCCACGGUGGAGAAAUAUGAAAAAUGAAAACUAAACAGGAAAUAAAUUGAGAUAACUAGUCUACAUGACUGUGAUAACAAAUGCAUAUGACGAGUUG